AUGACAUCAGAACAUGUGGUGAACCUUUUGGAGAAAGAAUACCAAGCUAUCCAAAUGUUUGUGUCCAGUAUGCCACAUAUCGAUGAGAUCUCUGAAAACGACAUUCCAAAACUUCUUUCUCGUACCGUCUUCGCAAUCAUGGCUGUCAGACAUUGCUAUCGAAUGGCGGAAACUGAGUUGGUGUUUGAAUGCGGUUCACGGGUCCCGUUGACCGGAUUACCGCCGCCAUUCGUUGCCUUCUUCCGACGAGUGGUUGAGAAAGCGCCAGCUUUCAAAACGGUAGUCGAUUGGGAACCGCAGUCAUACUGUGCGCUUCAGGCAAUGCAGUUCUUCUCAGGAAACACAGAUAGUAAUCUGUUGGAUCUGCACAGCAAAGCAGCUGCUGAUCAUGUCCAAAGUAAAAUUGUCAAUGCGUUAAAGGACCAUUGCAGCACGGCCCAACCUAAUAAGUUGGCAAGGAUUGUCGAACAGGUAGGAAUCUAGUG